GCGACCGCGGGAACUCAACGUAUUUUCUGACUUACGAAUUGGCGGGAAAUAUUACGCGCCAAUUUGAGAGCUAUUUUUUUAUAAAUAAUAAAGAAAUUAAUUAAAUAAUUAUUAGGAAUACACGUGAAUAAAUUGCAUAAAUUUAGGCGCAGUUGAAAAUUAAUUUCGUUGAUUAGUGAAGUUGACUUAGUCCCAAGACUAUGGUGCAAAGGACAGAGGUUCGUGUUCGCUAAAAUGAGGUUUUUGUUCUUUUUAAUUUUGGCGCGGUAUGGUGUUCUAUGCGAAGAUGACAGUAACUAUUAUGUCAUCGAGGUCCCAAACCCGCUCAAGGACUAUCAAAAGUCCUUCAAAGUAUAUUGGAAUGUGCCGACAAUGCAAUGCAAAUCGAAAAAAAUACCGUUCGACGGCCUAUACGAGAAAUACGGCAUAAUACAAAAUAAAGAUGACGAUUUUUUAGGCGAGAGCGUCGCCAUUUUGUAUGACCCUGGAAAGUUUCCAGCACUUUUCGAGACUGACAGCAGUGGAAAGUACGUUGAGCGUAAUGGUGGCGUACCACAAGACGGUAAUAUAGAGGAGCACGUGGACGCAUUCAAGGAUACUGUCUCAAAGAGGAUACCUGACCCAGAAUUUAACGGCAUUGCCAUAAUCGAUUUCGAGUCUUGGCGUCCAGUGUUUCGACAGAAUUUCGGCGUACUGUCAGUCUAUAAAGACAUCUCCUACAAGAAGGAAUAUGACAAGCAUUGGUGGUGGCCUGAGAGCUGGGUCGCUUCUGAGGCAAAAUAUCGUUUCGAGUCAUCGGCUCGCGACUUUAUGGAGACGACAAUUGCCAUCGCGAAGAAAAUGAGGCCUAAAGCCCGGUGGGGCUAUUACGGGUUUCCUUACUGCUUCAACAUGGCGGCCAAAAACAUGGCAGAGGAUUGUCCACACAAUGUCAAAGAAGAGAAUAAUCAAAUCUACUGGCUCUGGGCUGAAAGCACCGGCCUUUACCCUUCAAUCUACAGCUCACAGAGCCUUUCAUCGUCGGAGCUGGUUUCCCUAAUCAGGGGACGAAUCCGAGAAGCGUCUAGGCUGCAGGUGAAGGGCACCCCGAUACUUCCCUACUUCUGGUAUCGUUAUAGAGACGGGGGGUUCUUGAGAGAGAGAGACCUAUCGAGAGCUUUAGAAACUAUAUAUAACUCGGAGGCCUCCGGUAUUAUUAUUUGGGGAAGCUCGAGCGAUGUCAACACUGUAGAGAAAUGUACAAAACUAAAAGACUACAUACGUGAGACUUUUGGCCCAUACGUCGCCAAAUAUACUAAAAACAAUCGGAAAGUUCAAAACGAUGAAGAAUUCACGUCGAAGCCCGCGAUUGAGGAAAAUUAUUUUUUUCCCCUUCAACCAAAUUUAGAAAACUUCGCCGAAGAGAGUCAAAGUGAGAGCAAUAUCAUGAAAGAAACUCCAGUAUUAGAAGAAGAAUAUUUAAUUAAUAAUUUAACGAGCAUCAUUUUUAAGGUCGAUGGUGAUAAAGUUAAGGAGGAUAAAUACAUUCUAAAUAAUACUUCAUCUCCAGCGAUGACGGAGGCAACAUCUACCACAGAUCUGAGUACGACUCAAAUACGUGAGACUAGUGAAGAGGUUACUACAGAAACAUCAAAUACAAUUAACGUCUUUUCGGAAUUUAUUUUUUCGUCUGAAAUAACUACUGAAGGUGUGGAAACAACAACCGAAAAAAGUGUAGACGCUUCAGAAGAGAAAAUAAUGAUAAACGAUGAAUUUAUCAUUUUAUUCACAAAUCUAUCAUCACAAAUUUUAGAUUUUACAACCGAUAAUGUUGAGAAACAUUUAGAUUUAAAUGAACCCAGUACAAGUUUUCGUGAAACAACAAGUGAAUCGUCAGACUUUUACACUCCGACAGAAUCUGUCGACGAAGUGGUUAGCUAUAUUUAUAAUUCAUAAUUUAUUUAUUAGGAGAAAUCACAUUUUUGUGUUUUUAUUUAUUGUCGUUUAUGUUUUAAGAUUUGGAAAAAACUUUUGUCCUUUAUCAUUAUUACCACAUUCUUAUUAUACUUCCCACAUAUGCACAUAUGCUUAAGUAGGUACUUUCCAUUGCUUUAGAACCUCACAUCUAAUCUCCCAGAAAAUAAAUAAAAAGUAUUCUGGUCUCUCAAACUCCUCGUCUGCUGUAUUUGGUCGGGCCCUUUUUUAUGGUUUUUGACUAUAUACAAGAUAUUUGAAUCGGACUUCGGAGAUAUACCCUCCCAUUCCUUUACUACAAUCGAAGCAACUACGUCUAGACAUUUUUCAAAUUAUAAAACUGUGCGCUUACGACUACUUAUCUGCUUGAUCUAUGUCAGAUAUAUCAAGAUUUUUGUGUUUAACCAAUUAUCUUCACCGAUAUAUUUUUAAAUAUUUAUUUGAUUUUUUGAAUGUGCAAUUAGAGCCUUACAGAUUUCUAUUAUGAAUCGUCUUAGGUUAGGAUGACAAAUUCUUUAAAGCAGUCAUCGCCUUAAAUUAUAUUGUAUAGUAGUUAAGGUGAUAGUUAUGUGUUAGUAUUGUAUAGUACUUAAAUGGUUUAAAAAAUAAGGUUUUCAGAUGUGGAAUCUUCGAAAUCCUCAAAUUAACAUAAUUGAGGAGUGUUAUUAAACAUUUUCUUAGGCUUUUGAUAUGAUAUUUACUAACUUUGAAAACACUUACGCGCCGCGUACUAUUAAGGUAUUUAUGCGGCCUGGUACACAUGUUAAACGUUAUCAACAACUAUCGCCUAAUAAAAAAUCCUGGGGUCACUCAUAUGGGAUCGCAAGCGUUGGAUAAUGUUAACAACGUCUGGUGUUGUUUUAGUCUAUUGGGUACUAGAUGGCGCGAAAACUGACUAAUAAAGAUGCCUAGGAAUGUAAUUAGUCGUAAAAGUAAAAAUGUAAGAUGUAGUAAAAAGAAGAAAAAAAAAAGAAAUAAUUCCCCAUCUUAUUUUUAUUCAUAAUGUCUGUGAAUUAUAUUAUUAAAUAUUAUUAUAUCAUAUAAUAUAAAUAAAAUGAAAAAAUUUUGUUGAUGUCGCAACGUGUAAAUCUAUAAAAUGGCAUCUUAGUCAGAAAAAUAGUUCUGACCAAUAAAAUGUUGUACAAAUUAAAUUUUGUUUCACAUUCAAUAAUUCAAACGUUCCACAACUAACAUAACUUACCAAAUAGAACAAAUAAAAAUAAAACCAGAAUGUACGUA